AUGGCUCCGAGGAGCCCCCAUGUGAACACUUGCCUCUUUGCCGCCUGCCUGUGUCUUUGGAGAGGGACUCUGGGCCAUGAUUUCCUAGGGCCGAAGGUGCUGGCAGAACCUGCUCUUACUCCGAACACUGUGUGCAUGACCCUUCCCUGGCUGAGCCGACGCCAGCUUGGACUGUGUGCUCGCAGCCCCGAAGCGAUGGCCUCUGCUCUGCAGGGCAUCCACCUUGCCAUCCAUGAGUGCCACCACCAGCUGCAAGGGAGGCGUUGGGACUGCUCAGACUUGAGCAGCAGUGGCACCAUGCUUCUCAAUAGUGCCAUUCUUAAGAGAGGCUUCCGGGAAAGUGCCUUUGCCUUCUCCCUGCUGGCAGCUGGUGUGACCCAUGCAGUGGCUGCAGCUUGUAGCCUUGGUGAGCUGCGGAGCUGUGGCUGCGCCAGUCCAGGUGCCAAGAACCAGAAGCUGAAGCUUAGUCAACUGCAGACACUAAGCCAGGGCAAGAGCCUGCUCCCCAAAGCAGCCUCCUUGUGGGGGGAGCCUGGUCUCCAGGACACCUGGGAAUGGGGCGGCUGCAGUACGGACUUCGGGUAUGCCCAGAAAUUUGCCCAGCACUUCUUGGACCCUCUAGGGAAGCCACGUGAUGCCCAUGCCCGGAUGCAGCUACACAGCCACCGCGUGGGCAGGAAGGUUGUGUCUGAGCUGGGUCAGCGGAAAUGCAGAUGUCAUGGCCCCUCAGGGAGCUGUCAGUUCCAGACAUGCUGGUUGGCAGCACCUGAGUUUCAGAAUGUGGCCUUUAAUUUGAGGGAGCGAAUGGACCACGCCAUACUCCUGAGGCCACACAACAGCAACUCGGGAGCCUUCCGGCCACGUCUCCACAGGUCUCGCCUGGCCAAGCACCUCAUCUUCUAUGAGCCCUCACCUGAUUUUUGUGAGCCCAACCCAAGCCUGGGCUCCCCAGGCACCCACGGCCGCCCUUGCAUCAAGGAUAGCCCUCGGCCAAAUGGCUGCAGCAGCUUGUGCUGUGGGCGUGGUCACAACAUGCUGCAGGAGAUGCGACUUCAGCGUUGCCAUUGCCGCUUCCACUGGUGCUGCUACGUGCAAUGUGAGGAGUGCCCUGCUACACAGUCAAUCAGCAUUUGCAAAUGA